ACAACAAGUGCAACAUUGAGUACAAAAAAUACUAGCAUUCCCGACACUACAACAGAAUUGCCGAAAACAUCGGUAACAGAUCAUCGAACGACUUCUGUGACCACCGAUGGAAGAUAUUUUUCAGACUCAACAAGUACUGUCAUAACGACAGUACACAUAACAAACACAAUCAAUGCAAACGUAACUCGGGACUCACAUGUUGGGCUUUCUACAACCGAUGCACUUACAUCAACUCGGAGAACUACGCCAUCAACGAUGCCGAUGUCAACGCCGAAUGCUAGUAAUUCAGUGACAAGCAGCACUCCACUUACAAACGGACUUUCUGGAACAUCAACUGUUCUUCAUCAUUCAUUAUUAUAUUCAACAACACACCCGAUAAUAAAUGCCCAAACACGAUUUACAUUUUCACAGACCUCGGGAGUAGACACACGUACAGGGGAUACGACUUCACCAACAACAGACAUUCCAACAAAAACACAUGGAAAUACGUCGCCUGAAAUAUCUACAUUACCUCAAAGCACUAUCUCUAGUUCAACAGCAUUAACAAAUUCGACAGAGGAAACCACAACAAUUUUACAAAACACACCUGCAGCAUUGACAAGCUCGUCAGUUGAGACCACAACAAUUUCACUAAACACACCAGCUUCAUUAACAAACUCGGCAGAGAUGACCACACCAAAUUCACCUUAUACACCAACAAUACCAAAAAACUCAACACAGGAGAUCACAACACUUUCACCAAACACUACAGCAGCAUUAACACACUCGACAGAGGAGACCACAACAAUUUCACCAAACACACCAGCAACAUUAACAUACUCGAGAGAAGUGACCACAACAAUUUCAACAAACACAACAACAGCAUUAACAAACUCGACAGAGAAGACCUCAACAAUUUCACCAAACACUAGAGCAGCAUUAACAAAGUCAACACAGGAGAUCACAACACUUUCACCAAACACUACAGCAGCAUUAACAAACUCGACAGAGGAGACCACAACAAUUUCACCAAAUACACCAGCAGCAUUAACACACUCGACAGAGGAGAUCACAACAAUUUCACCAAACACUACAGCAGCAUUAACACACUCGACAGAAGUGAUCACAACAAUUUCAACAAACACAACAACAGCAUUAACAAACUCGACAGAUAAGACAACAACAAUUUCCCCAAACACAUCAACAACAGUAACAAACUCGACAGAGGAGACAACAAGACUUUCAUUAAACACACCAGCAUCAUUAACAGACUCGACGGAGAAGACAACAACAAGUUCACCAAACACACCAGCAACAUUAACGAACUCGUCAGAGGAGAUCACAACAAUUUCUAAAAACACACAAACAAUCUUAACUAAUGCGUCAGGGAAGACCACAACAAUUUCACCAAAUACACAAACAAUCUUAACGAUUUCGUCAGAAGAGACCACAGCAAUUCCACCAAACACACUGGUAGCAUUAACACACUCGACGGUGGAGAACAGAACAAGUUCACUAAUCACACCAGUGGUAUUAACACACUCGUCAGUGGAGAACAUAACAAGUUCACCAAACACACCAACAGCAGUAACAAACUCGACAGAUAAGACAAACGCAAUUUCACCAAACACAUCAACAACAGUAACAAACUCGACAGAGGAGACAACAACACUUUCACUUAACACACCAGAAGCAUUAACAGACUCGACAGAGAAGACAACAACACUUUCACCAAACACACCAGCAGCAUUAACAAACUCGACAGGGAAGAUCACAACAAUUUCAAUAAACACACCAGCAACAUUAACAAACUCGACAGAGAAGACCACAACAAUUUUACCAAACACACCACCACCAUUAACAAACUCGACAGAUGAGACCACAUCAAUUUUACCAAACACACCAGCAGCAUUAACAAACUCCGCAGAGAAGACCACAACGAUUUCACCAAACACACCAGUAACUUUAACAAACUCGACAGAGGAGACCACAUCAAUGUCACCAAACACACCAACAGCAUUAACAAACUCCACAGAGAAUACCACAACGAUUUCACCAAACACACCAACAACAUUAUCAAACCCGACAGAGGAAAUCACGACGAUUACACCAAAUUCAACCGCAACAUUAAACAACUCGUCAGUGGAGAUUACAAAAGUGUCACCAAACACACCAGCAGCAUUAACAAACUUGUCAGUGGAGAACACAACAAGUUCACCAAACACACCAGCAGCAUUAACGAACUCGUCAGAGAAGACCACAACAAGUUUACCAAACACACCAGCAACAUUAACGAACUCGUCAGAAGAGACCACAACAAUUUCCCCAAACACACUGGUAGCAUUAACACACUCGACAGUGGAGAACACAACAAGCUCACAAUACACUCCAGUUGCUACACUGUCUUUUGCAGACACAUCAACUCCCAUGCCAUCAAUAACAGCAUCAACAAUACGUGCAACAAAUGUGCAUAUGACAGUCGAUUAUAUAACAACAACAGUUUCAACACAGGAAACAACCGUUUCAACACCGACACCAGCAGGUUCCACUCAAGGAACAACUGUUUUAACACAGGAACCAGUGGUUUCAACACGAGAAACAUAUCUCUCAACGAAGGGAACAAUUCAUUCAACACAUAACACAACAUUUUCAUCACAGGAAACAACCACUUUUAUAGAAAAUAAAUCUACUGUAGCAAGAACUUCCAUGUUAGCGUUAUCAAAGACAACAGCACCAGAAACAAGAACAACAAUGGUGCCUACGACAACAGAAGCCCCAACAACAGUAAUGUUAACGCACACAUCGGAGACAAAUACUACUGUCACAACUCCAAUAGCAACAUUGCCAAUUUCAACAUUAUCAUUGACGUCUUCUGAAUAUGCAGCUUACUCUACACAGGCGAGGAGCACAUCGACACGUGAACCAUAUUUAACCAUGAAUAGGACACUAACUUCCACUUCACCGUUAAUUACGUCAAGUUCAGUGUCUAAUACAGAUUAUACUACCACGUCAACCGCGACAAAAAACCCUGCUGCAAAAACAUCUAGCACACGUACCAUCUUAAAUGAAACAGCCCCAACAAUGAAGCCGACACAUGUAUCAACUGCAGCAAUGACAUCUGAGACUGAAAUGUCCAGCGUGGUGACACCACACAGUACGAUCAGUAUUGAAACAACCAUAACGGCUGAACCGUUCACAGACUCAAGCACAAGGACGCCAGAUGUAGCAAAUAGUUCAGGCGGUUCAAUGAUGACAACAAAAACGUCUGAAGCGCCGUCAAAAACCAUUAUAACAACGCCAAAAACACUUUCUUCAUCACAACAUAUGACGAGUGACGCAAAUAAAUCAACUGGCUCGAUAUCCAUGAACCCCACGUCCAGAUCAUCUCCGAGCCUCGUAACUACUCCACACGUUUUCAGUACUGCAUCAGCGGACCCCACAAGUUCUAAAGAUAGCACAACGCAUCCAGUCACUCUCAUGACAACCGAGAACACCGAUUUGCAGUCUACGAAAAACCUGGUUGGACAGUCCACGUCUACACCUUCAUCUUCUGGGUUGGCACAGCGACGACAAAGAAGUUUAAUACACCUUCACAGAAGACAAAGGUUACCCCUAAGGCAGGGGAACAGCUAG